CUUGUAUUCUGUAAAGCACUUUGUGUAACACUGUUUGUAUGAAAAGUGCAAAACAAAUAGAGUCUGAUUGAUUCAUUGAUUUAGUUUGAACACAGACUUUACAGGAAAGAUCUGAAAAUCAACACAAAACAAACAUUAAACAACAUAAAAAUAAAGACGAGAGAAAGAUUUUGUGUGAGAGAAGAGAAAGAUAAGAUUUACAUGAAUUUAUAUAAUUUAAGUCAUAUCUACAAGUUAUUCAAUUUUAGGAAUUAGAAAAAAAAUUGUGGAAGUUGAUGAAAAAUUAUGAAAAGUUAAAAAAUGAUAUUCUUAUUUUUCUCAAGUUACAUGGUCCAAAUGAACAAUAAAACAAAAACAAUAGUGAACACUUUAAACCCCUAAAUUAUUCAGAGCUGAAAAUCUCAUUUACAUUUUUUCAUACAGACUGUGACGAUGUUCACACGCUCCAGGAAACUGUGGAUUUAAUAACACGUUAGAUUUAUUAAAUUAAAGUGUUAUCAUCUGUGAAAUAAAUGUAUUGUCUGGAUGUAAUUCACUUAAAAGUUGCAGUAAAAGGAGGGAAAUUAUCUUCCACUACAUAGAACAUAUGUGAAACAAAAGAAUGAAUCUGUGUUCAUGUGUAAACAGCAAUUUUUUUUUAAUUCUCAUUAAUUAUGAAUUAAUUCAUUCUUUUCUGUCCCCUUCUUGUGCAUGUAUGACCCUAGAACAGUAGUGACGUCAUAAUCUCGCGACACGCGGCGAGACUUCAUACACCGGCUUCCCGGAGCCACAUCUCUCUCUCUGCUCUCAUCGACCCGUCGAGUGAACGGCGCUGAACACCGGUACGAACAUCUUCUCCGAGACGAUCUUUGAAUCGGGAAACCGUAUCGGCGGCGAUGUGCGACACUCGAGAUCCGUCCGGACUCGAACUCGCGGCGCCGUGGACGCGUCUGUCGGGAAUGUGACACCUCGGGGCUCCCUCGGUUCACCGGCCUCUGUCAACGGUCACGUUCAGUCACCGGCGAAAAAGAGUCUGUGAACGGGUCAGAGAGCGAACCGGUGAACCGGGGAACCGGGUCAGAGAGCGAACCGGCUUUUGCGUUCGGUGCCGGGGCUCAGACUGACACGUGACGCCGGCGCCGGUCGCCGCCUCCUCCUCUUCUUCCUCCUCCUCUUCCUCCUCCUCCUCCUCCUCUUCCUCUUCCUCCUCCUCUUCCUCCUCCUCCUCUUCCUCCUCCUCCUCCUCCUCCUCUUCCUCCUCCAUGCUCCACCAGUGUCGGUCCUCGGACUCGCAGCCGGGGGUCGACCCGGGCAGCUGCGGCGGACCCGCCGAGGAGGACCCCUCGUCCCCGGAGCCGGCGGGGGGUGGUGCCCCGGGUCAGUCCGAGCAGGACCACCGGAUGAAGGUUCUGUUCCAGGUGCUGGACGUGAACGGAGACGGAGGAAUCUGUGUGAACGACCUGACGAUCGGGCUGAAGAAGCUCGGGGUUCACCGAACCGAACACGAGCUGAUGAAAAUAGUGAAGGCGGGCGACAAAGACCUGGACGGACAGUUGGACUUUGGGGAGUUUGUUCAUUAUCUCCGAGACCACGAAAAGAAACUGCGUCUGGUAUUCACGAGUCUGGACAAGAAGAAUGACGGUCGGAUCGACUCCCAGGAGAUAAUGCAGUCGCUGCGUGACCUGGGAGUGAACAUCUCCGAGGAGCAGGCGGAGAAGAUCCUCAGAAGAAUAAGGAGGGGUCACUUCUGGGCCCCUGUCCUGUACAUGGAUAAAAACGGCACCAUGACGAUUGACUGGAACGAGUGGCGAGAUUAUCACCUCCUGCAUCCGGCCGGCAACAUUCCCGAGAUCAUCCUCUACUGGAAACACUCCACGAUCUUUGACGUUGGCGAGAGUUUGCUGGUUCCUGAUGAGUUCACGGCUGAAGAGAAGCAAACAGGGAUGUGGUGGCGACAUCUGGUGGCCGGAGGAGGAGCGGGCGCCGUGUCUCGAACCUGCACCGCCCCACUGGACCGUCUGAAAGUGUUAAUGCAGGUUCACGCCUCCAAGAGCAACAGCAUGCACAUCAGUGGAGGCUUCACCCACAUGAUCCGAGAGGGCGGAGUCAGGUCGCUGUGGCGAGGCAACGGCAUCAACGUCAUUAAAAUCGCUCCGGAGUCGGCGAUUAAGUUCAUGGCCUACGAACAUAUUAAAAGACUGAUGGGAAGUAACCAGGAGACGUUGGGGAUCACGGAGCGACUCGUGGCCGGUUCUCUGGCCGGAGUGAUCGCUCAGAGCAGCAUCUACCCCAUGGAGGUGCUGAAGACCCGGAUGGCCCUGAGGAAGACAGGUCAGUACUCGGGCAUCUGGGACUGUGCCAAACGGAUAUGUCGGAGAGAAGGAGUGGCGGCCUUCUACAAGGGCUACGUCCCCAACAUGCUGGGAAUCAUCCCGUACGCCGGGAUCGACCUGGCCGUCUAUGAGACUCUGAAGAAUUCGUGGCUGCAGCGUUUCGCCACCGACAGCGCCGACCCCGGUGUGUUCGUGCUCCUCGCCUGCUGCACCACGUCCAGCACGUGUGGUCAACUCGCCAGUUACCCACUUGCCCUCGUCAGGACCCGCAUGCAGGCGCAAGCGACUGUGGAACGAGGUCCUCAGAUGAGCAUGAUGGGCCUGUUCAGACACAUCGUCCGGACCGAGGGGCCAACGGGACUCUACCGGGGCCUCGCCCCCAACUUCAUGAAGGUCCUCCCCUCCGUCAGCAUCAGCUACGUGGUGUACGAGCACCUGAAGAUCACGCUGGGCGUCCGCUCACACUGACGGACGGAAGGAAGGAACCACCAGACCAAAAGGUCGGAAGACUGGAAAUCUUUAAGAAACGAGCAGCUGGAGAUUCUACACAAUGAAGUGAAAUGAUGAAACUCCACAGUUUGAAGGACGAAGGUGAGAUGCGACGUGAGAGGAUGAAGUCUUUCUGAGGAGGAGGAGCUUGUUGUUUGCUGUUAUUGUGAUCUUUCCUUUAGCGAAUCAGCUGUUAGCUUUGUUUUAGGAAAACUAAAGUUUACAUUGUGUUUUUACUGGAGGACCAGUAGAAAUGUGCCUGACUGAGCUGCUGGUCUGUCAGAGAAGAAUGUUUCUGUUGAAGGGCUUCGCUUCAUCGCCGAGCGACCGGGACUCACGAAUCCUCACGAAUCCUGAGGCUGAGGUGAAUCUGUGAACUCGCUGUGAGCACGUAACAUUCUCCACAGCGUCGAUCACGCACUCCUCAGAUAUCAGUCCGCUACAUAUCAUGAUGUUUAACACAAUGUUAAAGGAAGUAGGAAUAUUCAAGGAUCCGGUUUGAACAUGGACCCAUGAUUCUUUCUGAUUUAACAGUUGUCCAAUUAUGAUACAACUUGAUUUUUUCUUUUUAUUUGUGAUGAACAAUCUGCAACAGUAGCCUGGAAAUAUCUGAUUUUGAAAACAUCAGUUAGAAUAAGAUAAAUAAUAUGGUAAAAUAAUAUAGUCAAAUUAAGGAAAAUAUUGUCAAAUAGACUCUAAAUUAUGAUUUAAUUUUCCUCCAUUGCAACUUGAUUCCUGCACAGUAGUGUCAGAUGUUCAGCAUGUUCACUUUCACUAAAUUAAUAUCAAUGAAAAACAAUAUACAGUAGUGUUUUUGCUUCAGGAGAAACUUUCUGACAAUGAUUUAAAGUUUUAAGUUUUUGAAAUGCAGUUAAAAGCUGGAUCCUUAACAUUUAAGCACCGAGACAUUUCCCAGUCAGACGAUGUCAACACUCAGUCACGUGUUGGGACGUCCCGGCGGAGGAUCGGUGCCUUGUGGAGUCUGUGGGACGGUGACGCACUUUAAUCUGCUUUAAUAAUCCCUGUGAAUAGUUUUUAUUUAUUGUUGUAUUUAUUUAUUUAUUCUUUCAAAAUGACGAAUGAUCUUUGAAGAUGUGUCGGCUGUUCUGAAUCAUUCCUGCCACAGAAUUUUAUGAAUUAUUGUUUUUAAUACACACAAACAGUUUGUGAAAUAAUGGAAGAAAUUCUCAAAACUCAGCUCGCUCUGGAUGAAGUUUUCUGAGUCCUUUAAAAAACAAUUCAUAAAAAAUGACUUGAAUAUUAAUAAUGUAAUAAUCCGAGGUGUAAUGGAACGCAUCAUCACAUUCGUUCAUUCACAGGUUUGGAAGUUAACGUCUCCGUCCCUCGUAGCUCCUGUCGCUUCCCGACUCCGCUCGCUCCGAUAUUAGAAAGGCACAAAUAUGAUUUCAGAAUGAAAAUGUUUUCCAUCAUUUGUUUCUCUAAUGUCUUGAAAGGCUCCCUCGCUGUACGUUGUGGUUCUGACCCAGCGUACAGUAAACUAUACAAACUGAAUGAUACAGUGUAUAUUAGUGAAUGGUGGCAUAUUUACAAAAGGCAUUCAGUAUAUAUAUUUAUAAUAUAUAUAUAUUUCUAUUUUAUUUUAUUAUGCUCGCAGUAAGUGACAGAGAUGUGAGAGUAUGUGACUUCUUUGACAGUAGCUGAGUGUAGAUGGAUCCGCUGAGAGAAUAUUUAUGCUUGUUUGAGAUCAGCUGUUGAAUAAACGAGUUCAGCACUGAA